AUGGGAACCGCUGCGUCAACAGAGGAGAAGACGGUGAUACGCAUCACGGAGCGGCGGGGAGAAAAGUUCCCCUCUGAUGCGUUAUCCCGCCUGUUGCGGUGGGGACGAAGAAGGGGACUUUCCGUUAAAACUGUUUGGGAGCGGCUGGGCUGUGAGCUUUGGAAAUCGGUGGCUCAGGGUGAUAAGGAGGUUUUCUCCCUGAGUCCAGUAUGGCUCACCGCGCAGAGAAGACUGGAGGAGUUUGAGGAUGAGAGAAAACAACUGCAGAAAAUGGCUGAUUUUGCAGUAACACAGGAACAAGAACUGGAACAGGUUAAAUUGAUUCUGCAUCGGCAAAAUCUGCAGUUUGAAUCUUUACAGCAAGAGCAUCUAGUGCUCAUGAAGCAGCUCACCUUAACCCAAGAAUCAUUGCACACCAAAGAGCAGUCCCUAAAUGACCUACAGACUCAAUAUGAUGAGCUGGUGGCCAGGUUAGAGGAAUUCCAGGGUGAUGUUAUUUCCAAGGAUGACACGAUCCAAUAUUUGCAGAAUGAGAAGAUUGUCCUAGAGAUAGCUCUGCAGGCAGCAAAAGCAAGCGAAGAAGAACUUGAUGAAGGAGCAAACUUCUUAGGUGAAAGUACUGAGGCAGCAUCAGAAAUCUUGGCACAAUUGAGCCAGGUGGAAAAUCUGCAACAGGAAAGUGCCAGCCUGAAGAAACAGACCCAAAAAGUAAAGGAGCAGUUCCUACAGCAAAAGGUAAUGGUGGAAGCUUAUCGAAGAGAUGCAAGUUCACAGGACCAGCUGAUUAGUGAAUUGAAAUCUACAAAGAAGCGGCUGGAUUUGGAAGUGAAAAAAUUAAAACGGGAGCUACUGGAACUUCAAGGUGAAAAGCAGUCCAUUGAUGUUGAACGCUCAAGACUUCAGAAGGAAGUAUCCCAGGUUCACCAGCAGAUGGUGGAGUUAGAAAGCCACCUCCAGUCAGUGCAAAAAGAACGGGAUGACAUGGAGAUACAGCUACAGUCUUUGCAGAUUGAUAAAGAACAAAUGACAUCUCUUGCUGAGGUGAAUGAGGUAUUAAAACUACAGGUAGAACAAAUGCAAGAGGAAGCCAAAAAGGCCAUCACUGAACAGAAACAAAAAAUGAAGCGUCUGGGGUUAGAUCUGACCAGUGCACAGAAAGAAAUGAAGGCAAAACAUAAAGCCUAUGAGAAUGCAGUUGGCACUCUUAGCCGCCGGCUGCAGGAAGCCCUCACUGCAAAGGAAUCUUCUGAACUGGAGCUGAGCAAACUAAAAGCACAAAUCGCUGAUGGAGGAAAUAACCAGGCUUCCCAUGAAAGGAUUCAAGCUUUGGAGACAGAGCUGCAGGCUGUUAGCCACAGUAAGAUGAUGUUGGAGAAAGAGCUGCAAGAAGUAAUUUUACUCACCAGCCAGGAGCUUCAGGAAUCUAGAGGUUUCAGGAGGAAGAUAAAACGUUUAGAAGAAAUAAACAAGAAGUUGGCCCUCGAACUGGAACAUGAACGGGGGAAGCUCACUGGUCUUGGUCAGUCUAACACUGCUUUGCGAGAGCACAGCAACAUCCCCGAAACAGUACUAGCAGAGAGAGAGGCAGACCUGGUGCAGCUGAAUUUCCGGGUUCAAGCAGUCUUAAAGCAUAAAGAGGAGGAGGAUCAGCGAAUGAGGCAACUUAUUCAAGCCUUACAGACUGCCUUAGAAAGAGAAGAGUCAAAAGUUAAUAACCUUGGGGAGCAGGUUGCGGCAGCCAGGGUGGGUGCAGCGCAUGACCGUCGUCAUUAUAGAGCUGCUGUUCUUGAGCUGAGUGAAAUUAAGAAAGAGCUACAAGUCAAAGAACUGCUUGUCCAAGCCCUUCAGGCUGAAGCAGAUAAACUACAAGCUAUUAUUGAACGUGCUCACACCUCUCUGAAGGCGCUCCUCUUAAGACAGAAAGGGGGGAUUUGCAGUGAGCGGGCAGACGCCUUGGCUGUGCAACAAGAAGUUGCCAAAGAGACUAUCAGAGACCUUGCUAACAAUUGCCUCUCCAAAGAUGGAAAAGCGUUCAUCCAUAAUCCAGGGGACUGGUACACCAUCUUCGAUUUAAGUGUUGCUUACUUUCAUAUCACUAUCUUCUGA